CCUGCCCCCACACACGAUGAACAUUUCCGGGUCUUUCGCUUAUUUGUUUACUAUUUUCUGUAUUUCUCCUUCAAAGUCAGAAUCCGAAGGAAGAUAGUACUAAAAAAGAUUCCAGUGACGAAUCUGGACUGAAAAUAUUCAGCACAGACGUAACCCAACCAGCAGCAGAAUCAAUCAGAUUGAUGACUUUGAUUCACUUCACUUUCCCUCUCUUCUUUCUUCUUCUCCAAAUUUCCACCAUCAAAUCGCACUCAAUUCCUGGGUUCUGUGGUGUGGGAUAUGGAGAUUCUGAGUGUGGAAUUGGAUCGUCAUCUUCAAAGUUGUUGAUAAAAGGAGGUACUGUUGUAAAUGCUCAUCAUCAAGAAAUAGCUGAUGUCUAUGUCGAAGAUGGGAUCAUUGUCUCCUUGCAGCCAAAUAUCAUGGUUGGUGAUGAUGUAACAGUACUUGAUGCCACUGGGAAGUAUGUAAUGCCAGGAGGUAUUGAUCCUCACACACACCUAGCAAUGGAGUUCAUGGGUACUGAGACUAUUGAUGACUUCUUUAGCGGCCAAGCUGCUGCAUUAGCAGGGGGGACAACGAUGCACAUUGACUUUGUCAUACCAGUUAAUGGAAGUUUAACUGCCGGAUUUGAAUCUUAUACCCAAAAGGCAAAAAAAUCAUGCAUGGAUUAUGGUUUUCAUAUGGCCGUUACAAAAUGGGAUGAAGUUGUUGCAAGGGACAUGGAGAUCAUGGUUAAGGAUAAGGGUAUCAACUCUUUCAAAUUUUUCCUUGCCUACAAAGGGUCUCUUAUGAUAAACGACGAACUUCUAUUGGAGGCCUUCAAAAAGUGCAAGUCUCUUGGUGCCUUGACUAUGGUUCAUGCAGAAAAUGGAGAUGCUGUAGCCGAAGGACAGAAAAGAAUGAUCGAGCUUGGUAUAACUGGUCCAGAGGGUCAUCCUCUUUCGAGACCCCCUGUGCUUGAAGGAGAGGCUACUGCAAGAGCUAUUCGUUUGGCAGGAUUCAUAAAUACACCCCUGUACAUAGUUCACGUGAUGAGCAUUGAUGCCAUGGAGGAGAUAGCUAAGGCUCAAAAGUUAGGGCAAAAGGUUAUUGGAGAACCUGUAACCUCUGGAUUGGUGCUUGAUGAUUCUAAACUUUGGGAUCCUGAUUUCACCACUGCAGCUAAGUAUGUCAUGAGUCCUCCAAUAAGAAAACUGGGACAUGGUAAAGCCCUUCAAGCUGCCCUUUCAACAGGAGUUUUGCAGCUUGUAGGAACUGAUCAUUGCACUUUCAAUUCUACUCAAAAAGCUUUUGGUAUUGAUGAUUUUCGAAAGAUUCCCAAUGGGGUAAAUGGUAUAGAAGAGAGGAUGCAUGUUGUUUGGGAUUUGAUGGUGGAGUCAGGUCAGAUAUCUGUUACAGACUAUGUGCGGAUAACAAGUACCGAAUGUGCAAGGAUCUUUAAUAUAUAUCCUAGAAAGGGUGCUAUACUAGCUGGAUCUGAUGCCGAUAUUAUAAUACUAAAUCCAAACUCAAGCGUCCAAAUAUCUGCCAAGUCUCACCAUUCGAGAACGGAUACUAAUGUUUAUGAAGGAUUGAAACUAAAGGGGAAAGUUGAAGUUACAAUUGCUGGAGGAAGAGUUGUAUGGGAAAAUGAUGAACUCAAAGUUAUUCCUGGCUCUGGGAGGUACAUAAAAAUGUCUCCUUUCAAUUAUCUAUUCAAUGGUAUUAGUAAGGCUGAUGCUGCAUACUUGUCUUCCCUGAAAGCUCCUGUUCGACGCUUCAGAGAUCAAUCUUGAUUUUUAAAUCUCAAUUUAUUAACCACUAAACUGUACAUACCAUGUCCUAUAUUAUUGAGUUGAAGCACAAAUAAAAGGAUCGUAUCUGAAACAUUUCAAAUGUAGUUACAUCCAAGCUCGGUUACAUAAUACUCUCUAAACUGUAUAUACUAUGGCCUGCAGUAUCAAGUGUAAGUCAUUAUUAUUUGUAAAUCUUAGACGGUAAUGUAGAUUGCCAUUUUAUGAAUAAUACUGCGGCCACAUGUUUUAUUUGCAUGAA